AUGGUGGGUUCAGGUUCUGCAGGUGGAGAUUUACGAACUCCACAGUUCAACGGUUCAAACUAUGAUUUUUGGUCAGUAAAAAUGGAGACUAUCCUCAUAGCAUAUGACCUAUGGGAUGCAGUGGAGAUUGGAAUACAACCACAGCCGAUUAUUGAGCAGGAAGCAGGCUCUGAAGGCACUGGAGAUGAAGAGAGUGAGGCUGAGCAAAUCCCAGUGGAAGCACCUACUAUCUCCAGAGAAGAUAAGAUCAAAAAUGCCAAGGCUUUGAGUCUUAUUCAAGGAGCACUGACAGAUGAACUCUUUCCUCGCAUCAGAAAUGAGAAGACUGCAAAAGGUGCUUGGGAAAUUCUAAGAAGAGAGUUCAGAGGAGAUAAAAAGGUAAGAGCUGUGAAAUUACAAGCUAUUAGAGCUGACUUUGAAUAUUUGAGAAUGAAUGAUGUUGAAUCUCUGGAUGACUACUUGGCUCGUUUUUUUGAAAUUGUAAACAACCUGAAAUCUCUAGGAGAAGAUGUAACAGAGAAAAGGAUUGUCCAAAAAUUGUUGAUGAGUCUAAGUAGGAGGUACAAGUCCAUAGUGUCAAUCAUUGAAGAAACCAGAGAUCUUGACACUAUUAGAGUUGAAGAAAUUCUUGCAUCUGUCAAGGUUUAUGAUAAGAGAGAGGAUUUGCAUGAUGAAAGGGACAAAUUGGCAGGAACUGAGAAAGCUUUUAGCAGUCUCAGAGUUGGAAAUGAUCAAGCUUCUGGAGCUAACAAAAGUUCUCAGGGAAAGCAAAAUCAAAAAUGGCAAGGACAAAACAAAAAGGGCUCAAAUUGGUCUCAAGGUGGAAAUUUUAACAACAAUAAUGGCUCUGGAGGGAAUUGGAACAGCAGCUUCAAUUCACAAAACAAGCAAGGGAGUAGUAGUCAAGGUGGUGUGAAACCACAGUGCCAAGUGUGUCAGAAAUACCAUUUUGGUAUAUGCAGAUAUAAGGGAAAACCCAAGUGUGGAAAGUGCAGUCGAUUUGGUCAUUUAACUAAGGACUGUGAAAGUGGUAAACAAGUUGCAAACUGUGCAAAAGAGGAAGAAGUAACCACAGGAACAAUGUUCUAUGCUUGUCAUGCAAGCUCAAUUGCAUCAAGCAAGUCUGUGUGGUUUGUCGACAGUGCUUGCAGCAAUCACAUGACCUCUCAAGAGUCCUUGUUGAUCAAUCUUGAUAGGUCAGUGACCUGCAAAGUGAAAAUGGGCACUGGUGACCUUGUUCAAGCCACAGGAAAAGGGACACUAGUAGUUGAGACAAGAAAAGGGAGAAGAUAUAUAAAUGAGGUGCUGUUAGUCCCUGGUCUGGAUGAGAAUUUGUUGAGUGUAGGACAAAUGAUGGAGCAUGGGUACUACAUUCUAUUUGGAGGAAACUAUGCAUUAAUAUGUGAUGAUAGCAGCCUUGAUAAUGUUGUUGCCAAAGUAGCAAUGGCUGGAAAUAGAUGCUUUCCAUUGUCUAUGGAAUCUAUCUGCUCAAUGGGAAUGAAAGCAACAGUACAAGUAGAUCCAUGGGUUUGGCAUAGGAGAUUGGGGCAUUUGAACUUUGCAAGCAUGAAAAAAAUGCAGCAAACACAAAUGGUGCUAGGCUUACCUGAUUUCUCAGAAAAAGAAGGAGUAUGUGAAGGCUGUGUGUAUGGUAAAAGCCACAGAGAACCAUUUGAAAAUGAGAAGUCUUGGAGAGCUAAGCAUCCACUUGAGUUGAUACACACGGAUGUAUGUGGUCCAAUGCAAAAUGAGUCCAUUGGAGGAAAUAGAUACUUCAUCACAUUCAUUGAUGACUAUUCAAGAAUGUGUUGGGUAUAUUUUCUCAGAAACAAGUCAAGUGUGAUAAGUGUGUUCAAAAAGUUCAAAGCAUUUGUUGAGCUACAAAGUGGAUUCAACUUAAAGAAACUAAGAAGUGACAGAGGUGGAGAGUACACUUCACAUGAAUUCCUUGAGUUUUGCAGUGAUCUUGGCAUGGAGAGGCAACUGACUAUUGCCUACUCACCUCAGCAAAAUGGGGUUGCUGAGAGAAGAAACAGAACCAUCUGUGAAAUGGCAAGAUCAAUGAUGACUGAGAAGAAAAUCCCUGUAAAGUUCUGGGCUGAAGCUGUGGUACUGAGACGAAACCGUAGACAGGCGGUAGCCUUGAAUCGGAGUUGUAACGAAGUUUUGGCGAUCAAAAUAUGUUCGGUGGCGGAACCAUUUUUCACAUUUACCCCUCACUUUCUCUCUCUCUCUCCCGCGUCUCCUCCCUCUGCGUCAAACCCAUUCCCGUCACUGUGCAAGCCGAACGGAAACCACCGUGCCGCCGCCGCCACAGUCCACCUCAGCCCUCGAGAUCAGUCCCGUUCGACUCGUCUCGAAGCCCCGAUCACAACCCACCCCAUUUCCCCGCCGGAAACCUCGAAUCCCGACGUCAGUUUCGACUGGUUCAAACCGGAAGUUUCCGAUCGUUGCGCCGCCGCCUCCGCCGUCUGUUUCAAGUAA